AUGGCGCUCGCUAAGGAGAGACAAGAGAAGGAAAUAGAACACCGAGCGAAAAUGGACGAGGUGCAAAGAAGAAAGAUGGAAAUCGCACGAGAAGAAGAACGCGCCAAAGAAGAAUUAAAGGCUCUAGAGGAGAAGUUUCGUAUCAAACAAGAAUUGGUCAAGAAAGAAGCUCAAAUGAUUGCAUCCAUUAAACAUGAAGAGCAAGAUGGCGAAAUUAUCCUAGACGAAUUCCCUGUCAGUCCUCCCUUGGAGACGGACUCGAAAGCGCUUUUAGAAAAGUUUCUUGAUGACCAAUCAGCGUCGAUUUCCAAUGUAAAAGUAUCCGUGUCAAGUCAGCUGCCUUUCAUCCCGACUCCAUGGACACCUAUUAGCCAACCUAAACGAAGCAUUACUGAAUCAACAAAGCCAACCUUUAGUCCAUUGAAUCCUUUCACUCCGCAUACUGGACACUUCAGCAAGGACUCUUCAUGUUAACCCCUUCUCAUCAGAAGUUCCAAGAAUGACCUUUCCGUCAUUGCUAACAGAGAG